AUGACAGCAGACAACUCUGCUGCACAAGUGGUGUCACGCGAGUGGAAGCUUCCGUCCCUCCGUGAUCUGGCCGGGCCAGUCACGUCACGAAGCGUCAAGGUCAUGCACCUAGUGCGCCCCCUGCCGGCUGUGGAGAGAGAGCCCACAUGCGGCUGUAAUGGACCUUAUCAACAGCUCGGCCAGGGCACUGCCCCUGCUCUAGGACUAGUCAUUCCCCGCGAGACCCUGGGAUGGGGAACCCUGAGAACAGGGGCUAGCAGAGUUCUUCUGACAGUGACAGUGACAGUGACAGUGACAGCGACAGUGACAGUGACAGUGAUAGCGACAGUGACAGCGACAGUGACAGUGACAAGGCGCAUACACGAGCUGGGCGUUCCGCCACGUCAGAUUGCCAAGACUGCCGGGCUAUGGUCGGACAUGGGCCACGGCGAGCCUUACCCUUUUGUGGUGAUUGUGACGGGCUAG